UGAAGAUAAUAUGCCAUACGACUCUGGAGCAAUAGAAGCCAAAAUCAAAUUGGCUGAAUGGAAGCGUAAUAAGAUAAAAAGCAGCGCAAAGGAGAACUCAAUGAAAAAUGUUCCUCUGCAGCCUGUUCGCAAAUCUCAGACAAAAUUACAAAUUACCGACAAACCUCCAACUCAAACGAAACGAAAGGCGCACAAUUUGUUGCAAGUGAAGGAUGUCUUGGACGACGAAGACUUGGUAUACGACGUGGAGCAUCUUGUGUUGGAAGAAGUGCUGGCACGUCCUCAGCUGUAUAAUUAUAAAUUGGACUUAAAGUAUAGAAGUCCUGAUUUGGUGGCACAAAUGUUCCAAGCUAUAUCCGACCAUAUCGACGAGCACAUGGGUUUACAAUUGGAUUGGAAACAUAUACAAAACACUUGGAAGCAUUACUAUGCUCUGUAUUUGGAAUAUUCUAACAAAACGAUCGUUCCCAGUGGUUCCGGAUCCAAUCGAAUACCAAAAAUGCCUAAGCAUUACGCAUUGUUGACGCAGCUGGACAGUCUAAAUGCAAAAAGAAAACAAAUUUCGUCUACAUCGCCUGAAGGUUUCAAAUUAGAACCUCCAAAAUCUAAAAAAUCCAAAAAGGACGAUUCGUCGAUUGCACCAUUCCUUGAAAAUGCUAAUAAUAUCUUAGCAAAGUUUCAAAAUGCAUCUGACGUACCAGCAGCUUCAGCAACAACUUCUCUUGCGUCACAAAUCGAGGGUGACCCAGAUCAAGCUUUUUUGUUAACCAUUUUACCUGAUUUAAGAAAAUUGAGCAACUUAGAGAAGUUGAAAUUCAAAGAGGAUGUUUAUAUGAAAUUGAACCGACUAUUGCAAAGUCAUGAAGGGGAGGAAUGUGAAGAUUGAAUUUGUAAUUAUUUUUUGCGACAGAAUUUGAAAUUUUUUUUUUUUUGGUAAACUCAAGAACGGAAGGAAUAUGAAUGUUGAAUUUAUAACUUUUUAUACGGAGAGUCUAUCCUUGUACUUCAAUCAAUUUGAAAUUUACUUUUUCGUUUCUUAACUUUUAAUAAAAAAUUUUACGAACA